UUCCUUGUUUCUCUCUCUUGCCUGUCUCUCUCUAAAUACGUGUGUACGAAUUUCUCGUCGGAGUUCAACAGGACAACCCAAAUUCAAAGAUCGUGGCAAUCGUUGGAGUCUAUUUUAUACGCUGUUGCUUGCGUGAAUCUCGUGUAAUUAUCGGAAUCUGAUUGUAAUUUUUGAUCGAUAUAACUCUUGAGACCCAAAGCCAAAGAAGAAACAGAGUAUUUUGUUUAUUGGAAAUCGGUUUUGGAAACAACGAAGUGAUGGAUAUCUUCUGUUUGAAUCCUGGAACCUAUGGGAUUUCUUCGUCGUUUUCAGUGAAUGCGGCUCUUGAUGUUCGUGCGAAUCCAUCUCAGGUCAGUACAACCGGUAGGUCGGCGGCGGCGGCGGCGGUUGAGAAACCGCAGAAAAUGAUUUCGCCGUCUUCGUCGUCUUCUUCAUCUUCGUUUCGGAAGUUUUCUUUGAAGCAUCCUCUGCAAUCGCUGUGGAGUCGGAGUGGUGAAGCUGGGAAUCCGAGGCGAGGCGGUUUGGCGCUUGACGACGCCGUUUUGGUAGAGAGUGAAAACGAUCGGAGAGUCGUUCUUGAGGAGGAAAGUGAGAAUGUAGCAAUUGGAUCGGAGUGGAGAGAUGGAAAUUGGGUGAUGAAGAUUUUAAGAGUGAGAUCUCUGUGGAGAGAGGAAGAGAAGCAGGGAAAUGCUGAGGAAGUGGUUGAAAACGAGAUGGACGAAGAUCGAGCAAGUGCUUGUGAUGGAGAAGAGGGCUGUGAUACUUGCAGAAUCGUUGAGGAAGAAGAUGAAGAACAGAUUGAAUUUGAUGAACACUCGUUUUCCAGAUUGCUAAGACGGGUUUCGUUGGCUGAAGCGAGGUUAUAUGCUCAAAUGUCGUAUCUAGGGAACCUCGCGUACUCCAUUUCCGAAAUUAAGCCGAAGAACCUGCUGAGGCAUUAUAAUUUACGCUAUAUAACUUCUUCAAUAGAAAAGAGGGAAAUAGUUAUGAAAACUGAGAAAAACCAAGAGCCAUCUGAAUCUAAAGAGGCUGAAAAGGAUCUAAAAAAUGAUGAACAAUGUGAAGAACAGAAGGAUGGAUAUCAAAUAAGUGCAUCUACAGCUUAUGAGAUUGCUGCCUCUGCUGCUUCUUAUUUGCAUUCUCAUACCAGAAACAUACUUCCAUUCAGAUCCUCUAAAAUUGGGGAUUCGCUUGAAGCAAGUCAGAACAAUGUUGACAUGAUGAAUUCAGAGAUGGCUUCUUUGAUGGCAACCACCGACUCGGUUACUGCUGUUGUUGCUGCAAAGGAGGAAGUGAAGCAGGCUGUUGCAGAUAAUUUGAAUUCGACUCGGUCAUCACCUUGCGAAUGGUUCGUGUGCGACGAGGUUGAGAGCGGUACAAGAUUCUUCAUCAUCCAGGGAUCUGAGUCACUGGCAUCUUGGCAAGCAAAUUUGCUUUUUGAACCCAUUGAUUUCGAGGGACUAGGAGUCCUUGUCCACAGAGGAAUCUAUGAGGCUGCUAAAGGAAUAUAUGAACAGAUGCUGCCUGAUGUACUCGAACAUCUACGAUCUCAUGGUAACCGCGCAAACUUUCGGUUUACGGGGCAUUCUCUCGGGGGAAGCUUGGCACUGCUUGUAAAUCUCAUGCUCUUGAUAAGAAAUAAGGUCCCUGUUUCUUCCUUGCUUCCUGUCAUUACAUUUGGUGCACCAUCCAUAAUGUGUGGAGGUGACCACUUACUUCGCAAGCUCGGUUUGCCUCGGAACCAUCUUCAAGCUGUUACAUUACAUAGAGACAUAGUACCACGAGCAUUCUCGUGCCAGUAUCCGAACCAUGUCGCAGAACUUCUUAAAGCUGUCAAUAGGAACUUCCGGAAUCAUCCAUGUCUAAUUAACCAAAAAUUGCUGUAUGCACCAAUGGGCGAGCUUCUAAUUCUGCAGCCCGAUCAUAAAUUCUCUCCAAGCCAUGAUCUUCUUCCUUCAGGCAGUGGUCUGUAUCUUUUAAGCUGUCCACAACCUGAUGCCAAUGAUGCAGAGAAGCAACUCCGAGCAGCACAAAAGGUAUUCUUAAACACGCCGCAUCCACUCGAGACCCUCAGCGAUCGAUCCGCGUAUGGUUCAGGUGGAACUAUCCAAAGAGAUCACGACAUGAAUUCAUACCUAAGGUCAAUUCGAGGAGUGAUUCGUCAAGAGCUAACCCGCAUAAGGAAAACAAGGAGAGAACAUCGGCGCAAGGUCUGGUGGGCUCUCGUGUCUCCAAACAACGUCGAUAUAGGAAUCAUCAUCGGACAGCCUGCCAAUUCAAUCUCUGGUAUCCUGCAAACGGGACGAGAGUCGUUGAGACGGUUGAGUAGGCUUGUUGCUUCACAGCAUAUGAAUCUGCUUGUGGUGCUGCUGCUCCCUGCUAGAUUGCUAUUACUUGAAGUCAAUGGGUGGUUGGUUAGAACUUAAAAGACUACGCUCUAGUUCUUGUUUAUUCGGUUGGCCAAACAGUUCAAAGAUUCUUUAUUCAUUGGUUCCAAAAUAUAGACAGCAACAUCAUCAUCGACAUCGACUCGUGUUGCUGGUUCAAUAUUAUGUGUUGUUGGAACAAAAUUCCUUUUCAACUCCAAGAAACAGUUGCUUGUACACAAUUCUUGUUCUUGUUCUUCGUCUGUAAUUAACUUUGAAUGGUGCUUUCGGUCUAUUGUUGUAAAGGUCGUCGUAAUCUAUUACAAUCAACAUGAGUUAGGCGGUCGUAAGAUUACGACUAACAUGAGUUAUUGUUGCA